AUGACGUUGUUUUUGGUGCUGCUGGCAGAAUACUCGUAAAAUCACGGGACUGACGGAUUUCCAGGCGACUCAAAGCAAGUCACGAGCCUACAGUAAAUUACAGCCUACAGUGACUUUGCAAUGUAACAGCUAGGCCACGGAAUUGCUUUAGAACCGACGUGGUACACUGACCCGUGUUGGGGAAGCUACUCUGAAAAUACUGUUUACCAAGCAAUUACUUCACACUGGAAGAAGACAGAAACCAUGGCAGGUAGCUGUGUUGGGGAGAGCGACGGCCUGACAUUCUGGGUGGCUGAACAAAAGGACUAUGAUGACGUCAUGUCCAUUUCUGUUCAAAUCUAUGGAGGGAAUGACUACCUGCCUCAUCGAUAUGCCGAUUGGAUGACUGAGCCUGACAGAGCGGUUAUACUGGGACGCAGAGAUGGCAAAUUGGUGGCACUGGUGUCUGGUCUAAUCGUUGACGAGGGGUGUACAGUAGUGGUGGAGGGGUUGAGGGUGUGUCCAAGCGAGAGGGGUCGCGGUGUGGCUGGGGUUAUCCAGAGAUUUGCUGACCAGUACAUCCAGCAACUGUACCCCAGCGUCAGGACCAAGAGACAAACCAAGGUUGAAGAGCCUUCAGCUGGGCCCACACAGACAUUAUCCAAAUUCACAGAGCUAGGGAGACGGGCUGGACUCUCAGUCAUCGGGGAGGCCGACAUUUUCGAGGGUUUCAUCUCACACCUGAGGAACAAACUACAUUCCACCACAGGAAGUGAGCCAGGUGUGUCCGUCCCUCAAAUGUUUCUGAUAGAGGAUGAGCAACACCUGAAGAACAUCCUCCUUGAUCCUGAACUCCCCUCCAGGGUUGAACUUCCUGGUGGUGCCAUUAUCCAAGACUGGCAGGCCUUACAACCAAUCGAAGGCAACCUUGAGAUCUUAGCAAGGCGAAACCUCACCUGGUUGGCCGACAAGCAGGAAAGACCUGCCUUCCUCAGCUUUUACACUCCACCUUAUCCAAUCCCGUAUAAGGGAGGAUCGCUGAGAUUAAAUAUCGAUAUGUUUGGAACUGAUCUAGUUUCAGCAAAGACUGCACUUGUCGGCCAUUUUGAGAAAGUGAGGGAGAGGAAGGAGGUGAAGGGGAGGGUGAUGGUUCAUGUGUAUCUGAAUAAGUCGCUAUGGGAGGGGAUGAGGGAGUUCUGUGAGGGAUACACAGGGAUAACGAGGUGUAGAGAGUACUGGGAACAAAUGGUUCUGGAGAGAGGGAUGUGAGGAGAUGGGGAGAGCAAAAGAGAGGCCAGUGAAAGUGCGCAAAUUAGACUUGGAGAAGGGUUUGCAAAUUAGACUUAGAAGGGUUUUCCACAUUAUCUUGCUUUUAUUAUUUGAAUCAGCUUUAUAGUGCUAGGGGAAAAACUAAACAUACCCCCCUGGGGGAGGGUUAACCAUGUAAUCAAUAUACAUUAUAUAUCAUACAGUAUCUAACAUACUUUUUAUAUUGAUUUGAUUGAUUGGAACAAAGCCAGCCAGAAGUUAAUAUGAUUUUUUUUUUUUUUUUUUACGAUUGUGAUGAUGCAAGAAUUUAUAAUGGGACAUUACAGGAAUAAAUGUUUUCUUAUUAAAUCAUUAUACAUUUUUGUAAAGACAAGUCUAUCAAAUCACUGAUUCAUCAUGACUAUGAAAUGCAAAUCAGUAUCAAUAAGAAUAAAUGAAUAGAAUGUC